AUGCUGCCUCCGCCAAGCAGCCAAGCGGCCAAGAACUCCAACGCCUCCAGCAUUCGCUCCGCCCGCUCGACCACCCAUCGAAUGUCAGCACGGGAUUCCGGCCACGCUCCGUCUCUCCCCGUCCCUCUCGUCUCUCUUCGUCUCAAAACUCCUACUCUGCCUGUUCAGCUUCGCCUUAUUCGUCCCUCGCCCGAGCUCCCCCCCUGGACCUCCCUCCAAUACUUCCCCGAUCCAGCUAGAUCCCCGGCUUCUUCUCACCUGCGCUCCUCCGCCACUCACUCUGGCGCUCUUCAUACGACACCAUGCUUCGCCCGUGUUGAGCGUACCCGAUCGGUCAGUGGGAUGAUUGGGUCCUCUCCCGUACGUACUAUUACCGGAUCAUCGUUGUGGACCAUGUACCCAACUUCUCGGUGUUGGCUGCCACAUCCUACCAAGAAACCCAAGCAAUUACCAAGCCGAUCCGACCCUUACUCGUCGACGAAUCACAUUCCCGCCUCGAAGCCCGUGGUCCCCUUCAACCGCCCAGGCAUGUCAGAACUGCUUGUCAAGCCAUGCGCUCUUGCGUCGGUGGAUCGUGGUCUUGUCAACGCCAACGCCGCCUAG